UUGGAGUAUAUGGUAUAUCAGAUGAUGAAGUUAAUGUAUAUCAAGGCAAUAAUCGUACUGAUAUUGUUGUGAAACAUAUCGAUUCAAAACAGGAAAAACAUUUUAAUCUUAUUUAUGAAAAUGUAGAAAUAAGUGUUAAAUUUGGAUUCUUUCUUAGAAAAGCUUUUCAUCGUCAUACUUUCGAAAGUGAUCUUUGUAAAUUAUUUAACCAGAAUGGGAUAAUUGCCCAUAUAAUUCAAGUUACUGAAGAAGACGGUGGAUUAGAUUUAUUACUAUCAUAUCAGG